ACCACCUGGCUGAGGAGGGCAGAAGGGCCCUGGAGCGCAGGCCCCCCCUGGAGCCCUGACCAGGCACAGGGGUGAACUGAGUGUGCCGGAGACCAGGCUGGGGCAGGGGCUGGUUGGCUCAGGUCCUCAUAGGAGGGAGAUACCACCAGGGGCCAAGGCAGGCAGGCAACCCAGGCCAAGCACCCGGGAGUGUGGCAAAGGACUUGGCUCUGAGAAUCGGACAGUCUCAAAAAGCCACUGUGCAUUCCAAGAAAGGACUACGUAUGCACGUCUGUGAGGCUGAGCAGUUCUGAAGAGCUGGGGUUCAGGGCUGUGUGCAUGUGAAGAGGCCACGUGGCCAGCCCAGUCCACGGGCCAGCCCCUGCCCUGAAGGACAGAAGGAGCCCGAGCGCCCCCUCGCCUGAGGUGCCAUGGCCAGACUCUGCCAGGCCCUGGUGCUCCUGGUGGCCACCGCAGCCCUCCUGUCCCAGAGAGUCCAAGCCUGGGGCUCGCCGAAGGUGGUGAGGGCAUUCCAGGACAUCCCAAAGAGCUACGUGUACGUGGAGCAGGCGCUCUGGUUCGCCAUGAAGGAGUACAACAAGGCCAGCAGGGACAAGUACAACUUCAGGGUGGUGGAGGUGCUGAAGACCCAGGAGCAGAUCACAGACAGUUUGGAGUACUACAUCGAAGUCAAAAUCGCCAGAACAAUGUGCAAGAAAAUUUCAGGACAAAGUGAAAACUGCAUAUUUCCAGAGGACCCCAAAAUGCAAAAGAUGGUUUUUUGCACCUUUAUUGUUAGCUCCAGACCAUGGAAAUUUGAGCUCACUAUGCUGAAGAAACAAUGCAAAGACAUCUAAUUCUCCCAUGCAUGUUUGGCAUGUUUGCUUCCCCUUGAAAGAGACAAAGCAAAGACACUUUAAGACUUUUCAACACCACAGCUGACCUGCUCGCUCCAUCUUGUGAGUUCUCCAGGAGCUGAUGCUGAGAACAUGCGAUAUCUUGAACAACCUCUUCCUGCAGGUGCGUCAUCUCCUGCAGGGAUGAGCUGCUGCCGAUAAAUGGGAGUUGUGUCCAC